AGAAUCGCACCACGAGUGUGACACUGUUUAAAAUUAUCCACAAAAUGAUUCUGUUGGAUGCGUUUUUGUUCAUCCACCGAUUAAAAAAAUAAAAUAAAACUCAUGUUCAACAAAAUCACGACACGACUUCACCACAACAUCCUACGUGAGCCACAAGAUUCAUUCAACUUCUCCACUUUUCCAUGUCGGACUCCGACGAUUUCAUUUCUUCUUUCUCACUUUUCAAUCUACAUCUCACGUGUCUUUCUUUCACUCUCACACUCACACAUUUCACUUACAACUCUUCAAUCUACACUUCUUCUCAUCAAUUCUGUCCAGGAACAACCUAAGUUGAAAACAGUUCUAACAAAGAUGAAAAAGGAUCAAGAUGGAUUAACUAGAGUUUCUUUGAAUUCUGGAUCACAUUCUGUUACACAUAUUCAACUCAGCAAUCAGUUAUCUUGGGCGAAUGACUAUGCUCUUAAGAUAAGGAAACCAUAUACUAUAACAAAACAAAGAGAAAAAUGGACAGAUGAAGAACAUAAGAAGUUCCUUGAAGCGUUAAAGCUGUAUGGCCGCGCCUGGCGACGCAUUGAAGAACAUGUUGGUACAAAGACUGCGAUCCAGAUUCGAAGUCAUGCUCAGAAGUUUUUCUCUAAGGUUCUUCGCGACAAAAGUGAGAGCAUUACAAACACUAAGGAGUCUAUCAAAAUUCCUCCUCCAAGACCGAAACGUAAGCCUAUGCAUCCUUACCCUCGCAAGCGGGCUGAGACGGCCGGUAGUAAAGAAAUUUCUGUCGCGAAAAAGGAAGUGAAUUGUAAUUCUCUAAGGACAUCAGAUUUUGAUCAAGAAAAUCAAUCUCCAAAAUCAGUAUUACCUACACCCGGUUGCGAAAGCCUUGGUUCGUCGGAUUCAGAUACACCAAAUGGAAGUUUGUCUCCAAGAUCUUCGAUUAGCUGCGUCUGCGCAAGUGUUUCCACGCCUGCUGAAUUCAAAACACAAUCAGAGGAAGAAGCUGGACUAGAUGCUGAUUCACCUCCUGAUGAGAAACCUCUUAUGAAACCUGAGAUUCUCCCCGACGAAAGUGUUUCUGCAAAAGAAAGCAUAGCAGAAGAAUCGUCUCUUCGAAGUCUUAAACUUUUUGGGACGACUCUAUUUGUAAAAGAUACUCGCAGACCAUCUUCUCCAACAAUCGAGGCAUGCGAACCAAUAAUACCGCUUGACAAACACGUAAGCAAGGGUGAACAAGAAUCGGAUUGUCUUGGCAAUAGUUCACUAUGUGAAACUUCAGCCAUAUCUCAGUUAAGAGUGAGAGUGAGACGCGAAACAUGCGGAAAAGGGUUUGUGCCUUAUAAAAGGUGCAUGUCAAAGAAGGAAAACCAGUCUUCAUCUGCAACAGCUGAUGAAAGAUAACAGAAAAACAUUCACCUUUUGUCUGUUUGGUAACUCUAUAUCACGGUGAUACCGCGCGUUAGGGGCGAAUGGUGAAGACGCGAUAAAUAGAUAUCCUGCUACCAUUCUAACAUAAGCUACAAAAUUUGACAUUUCUGUUCAAAUUUCCAAAGCUUCCUUUUGUAAUUUUUCACACUUUAAACUGUGAAUUGUCUUACAAUUCUAAAUGCUCAGUAAAAGUAAUUGUUGAAGUUA